CCGCACAAUUUGUUUUGUUUGGUUUCUGCCGCGCAUUUUAGUUUUUAUUUUAAAUUUCCGUAAUAUCCGCAUUUUAAUGGACCAAAAUGUCAAGAACAUCGAUCUCAGGCUCGAUAAUGUAGCUGUCCUCACAACGGGCACCGCGGCGGAGUUCGUGAAUGGCAUUCUAGACUUUUUGCUCUACCAACGGAGCCAGAUUCCCUUUGUGUACAAAAUGUAUAAACACUGCAUCGACAAGUGGGAGGAUGAGGAGGAUACAAACCAGCAGGAAUCAUUUGCCAACUAUCAGGUGAACCAGCAGCGCACCAAGGCCAGGGCCACAAGGCAAUCCAUCAGUGACAUGCGAGAGAUCAUACGGCAAGCGUUCAAGUCCGCCAAAGUGAAGAGCCUUCGAUUUCUAUUUGGUUCGAAUACCUUCUUGCCCACGGAGGCCUACACGCUGCACAUCCCCCACGCAGCCGUAACCCGGGACCAUCACUACGAGAACCAUGCCCUGUCCGAGGACAGCAUAAGGCAGGCUCUGCUCCGUCUGCUGACCUGCGAGGAGCUCUACGCCAUCUUCUCCACACAGCUAAACGCCACGAAUGUGUUUCUAGAGCUGGAACUACUCACAGCCAACGAGCCUGGACCGCACACAAGUCUCGUCCCAAAAGCCGUCGCGAGUCAAUUGCCGCGCAGCUGCAAAAAUGUUCACUUGCACCUUCUGCACGCCAGCGAUAAUGCACCGGCCGAGCUCCGUUGCUGCCAGGAGUUGGCCAUAUACCGAGAUCUGGGUCUAAUGCAGCUCGACACCGGCGACGAGGACGACAGCAAGCAGCUGGAAUGCGUCGAAACGACCGAGGAGAGCAGCGGCUGGUGGCAGUCGGACGUCAUAGUGCGUGGCUUCAAGGCACCACCCAACCAAAAGACGUGCGAUUUAUGGAGCAGCUAACAUUUUCUGUAACGUCCGCCAUUUUGCAUGUUAAGAAUAAAGUCGCAAAUCAUUUUAUAUUCCUGUA